AUGAUAUUCAAACAAGCCCUCCUCUCCCUCUCUCUGGCAAUUUCCACAGCGACAGCCUACCACCUCGCCGUCGUCGAUCAAAACACCAAAACAGUCCGAGUCUUCCCUCGCGACGCAGCAAAAUGGAACAAAGACGCCAUCUACUGGUCCUUCACAGCAGACCAGGACGUGGGCUGGUUUGAACACGACGACUGGGCCGAUCUAGAUGACGUGAAGAUCCGAAAGACCGCCGAUCUAGGCUAUUGGCUGCCUCGGGGGGGCAAAGUCGGAAUGGUCGAUAUCAUAGCCGGGCACGAAAGCGCCGACCUGGACGAUGUAGUCUGGCAAGCGACUCCGGGCGAUAAUCCGCACUCCCUGGAGCGAAUCCCAUACCUGGGUGCCUUUGUGGCGUCUAGCUCUACCCCGGGUAAAUUGACACUAUACGUGCCGACUGAUGCGUCGGAUGUGAAUGAUCUGAGCAAGAUCAAGAAGAGUCAUGAGUAUGAGAUUCCCAAGGCGCAUGGCGUUUUGUGGCAUAGUGGGAAACUUUGGGCGACGGGUGAGGACUAUCUUUAUAAGUUUGAUGUUGUGGGGAAAGGGAAGAGUAUCAAGUUGGUGAUGGAUGGGAAGAAGAUCGCUUUACCGAAGGUUUCUGGUCGUGCGAGCAAUGGCCAUGAUUUAUCGGCUAGUUAUAAGGAUCCGGAUGCUUUGUUGGUGACGCAUACUGCUGCGGCGUAUACUUAUAACGUCAAGACUGGAAAGUUCAAGACCCUGAUGAAGGUUGACAAGCUCAAGUCUCUUGUGCAGCAUUCUUCUGGUGAAUAUGCCUGGGUGAGGGGGGAGAAGAAUGAGAUGGGUCAAUAUGUGUCUUUCAGUGAUGAGAGUGCCCCGGAGACUGUGACUGAUAAGAGGGGAUGGGGCGAUGCUGAGUUCUACAAGGCGAAGAUCUUCGAUCCCGACUAUGAGUGA